AUGGAGGAGACCAUCUACCAUGUUCUUUUUGGGUGCCCGAGAGCCAGUCAGAUAUGGAGAUAUGCUUCAGCUCAGCUUGACCAGAGGCAGAUGUGGGCGUCCACUGAGGAGUUCCUACGAUAUUUGGAGGCCUCGAUCCGGGGGUCUGUACGAGGGGAGAGGGGGACUCGUGAAGCCUACCUGGCCUAUCACUGCUGGUUGGAGAGGAAUACACGGAUUUUCGACGGCGAGAGCCUCCAUCCGAGGAUGGUGGCGGACCGAGCUCUACGGCAUGCGGCGGAGAUCACCGGCACUAUUGAGGCUUCACCUACUGGGUUGGUCAGGGACAUCUGGGGCCCCCAUUCUGCUCUUGCAGCGUCCAGGACGAUAUUAGUAUCCUGGGUGCCCCUAUCCCCUGGCUUUCUUAAGGAGAACUUCGAUGGCAGCGUAUCAGCGGACGGGAGCUGCGGAGGUGUGGAAUUUAUUAUUAGGAAUCAUGAUGCCAGACUUGUGGCGGCAGGUGGAGGGAGGAUUUUUGACUCAUCAGUGGUGAACGCGGAGCUUCGGGCGGCCUGA